GUGAUUAUAAAUACACAAACGUGAAGAGGAUUUAAGACUUACAGAAUUAUAUAUAUAACAAGAUUAAGUUGAAAAGUGGAAAAAGUGAAGAAAAAAAUUGUUUUUGAAACCAAUAGACUAUAGACUCAGACCCAAUAAAGAAAUUAUAGACUCUUAAAACACCCAAAAUGGAAAACAAACAGAAGAACAAAAAAGAUCGAAUCCUACUAAAAAGGAUACGAUUCCAAGAUAUCUGCUUUGUGUUGACGUUUAUUGUGACGUUGAUACCCAUGGUUCAGGCACACGAUACAACUGACCCCUCAAUGACCUUCAACCACCCACAAGCCCCAGAAGAGGUCACAGGACAUGGUUAUUAUCCCCACCAUGACCUUGUUGAUGAGGAGCUUGAAUCUGAUGGAGGUUCAGAUACCAUUACCAGUACAUCAGCUAAUAAACAAACAGUGACGUUAUUCGAUACUGUGAAAAAUAAAUUAAUCGAACAUGUUGACACACAAGGCAGGUCACUCAGUCGACAGAUGAGCUCCCUCAAUUUUCCCUCCUUAGAAGUCGCUCUCCUCUCCCUCGCCUUCCUCACCUUCGCCGUCUUCCUCAUCGAUCUCGUCCAGGACCUCUUGAAUGGUAACACGAGUGGACGCAAGAGACGUGACGCUGCUGACGACGGGCUGACGGAUUUGAUCGUGCUGACACUCUCCUCCCUAGAUACUGUCAGCUUCGGCAGAGAGAACCCAGAGUGCGGUCAAAGACUCUUGUGUCAUCUCAAUAGAUCUGGCUGGCACGACGGAAUGCUGGGUACUGCCUCUAACUACUUCGUCAGUAUGAUCUUGAGCCUCUUCUCGCCUUCGUCAGGUUUCCAAGGGAAUCUAGACGCUGCGAACUACGGACGAGAGAGCGAGGAGUGUGCUGAACGGUACCCCACCUGUCCCUCCGUCCUGGGUGACCUCCUGCCCUCUACACGCUGACCUGACCUCCUUCCUCCAUCUCCUCCCCCUCUUCCUCCUUCUCCUCCCCCUCUUCCUCCUUCUCCUCCCCCUCUUCCUCCUUCUCCUCCUGCACAUACGGACCGCACCUCCUCCAAUAAAGAAAGAAAGGUCAAACGCCCAGACAAUGUUUACACUCCCGUCACCUUAGCAACGAAGAAACAUGGCCGACCACCCAUCAUUGUGACGUCACGCAUGUAAGCAAAGAUUGAAAUUUAUGACGGCAUUUACAGUGUGAGUGUGUGUGUAUGAGCAAAUUUCACCAUAUUUACACACAAUUACAUUAUUAUACCAAAUUAUACGUUCGUGAGUGAAUGCAAUUAUCUGUCAACGUCAUAAUCAUACGUGACCUCAUAAAUUAUACGUAUUUUUAUUCAUACAUUAAAUUCAUCUAGUGUAUAAGUUUUUAAUAUAUUAUUUAUUCAGUCUGUAUUAGUGUUGAAUAAAUGUAAUUAAAAGAAUCAUGUUUUUCUAUACCUUUACAUGAGAUAGGAUGGUGAGAAUCUGAUUGGUUCUUUUAAUGUGACGUUAUAACUGAGCAGCCAA